AUGAAAAGUUGCUUGAAAAGCAGCUCAACAUAUGUAAAGCGAGGAACCACUCGUACUUGUUUCUCUCGAGGCUUUACGGAUUAAAUAUUAAAUUCGUAAGUGGCAAAGGACGACAUUUUGUACACUGACGUAUCAAACAAACAAAUCCGUAUAGGUUACAAGGGCGAAGCAAAUAUUGAAAACGUCCUUUGAAAGGGAUGACACUGGAUUGUAUCCGAGACGAUCUAUAGGACGCGUUUUAAGACUGGUCUCAUUUUAAAGUCACUAAGCUAAUCUGCUCAGAUGUUUAUAUCAUUUUAGCUGGUCGGGGUCGAGUUCGACAGUUAUACUGAGAUAUAGGGCAAUCCACUGAGCACUGUGAGCAACCAAGAGACACUGCCGGAAUGGGGAGAUUAUUUGUGAGCGUACUAAAUCAAUGACAAUAUUGAUAUUAUAUUAUGCUCAAGGAUACGCUUUUCACGGCAAGAUUUCUAUUUGGAAUAACGACAAACUUGAGCUACUAAAGUGGGCAAAAUAAAGUGUUCAGAUCUGAAAGGAAGAAAAAGAUUAAAGUAGUGUAUCGUGAUUCCAGUGGGAUACAUAGCAUCCACAGAAGAGCAGCAGCUGUUGUAAGUGAUGUCCCUUGAUUAUGAGGACAGAGAAUUCAUAACCCCCGCUGCCUGGCAGAAAGGAGAACUUCCACACAUCCCGACAGUUGUCCGAAACAAAGUGUCCGCCAAAAGAAUCGACAGGAAAAUACGCGUCGUCUGCCGAGCAAGCCACUCUCAAAACGACCCUGGGUCCCUGGAUAACAAUGGCGGAGACGUUCUGAAUGCAGUGGACGGGCAGACAGCCGUGCCGACUCAGAAGGGAUCACGAUAUACCUUUAUUGACAUCGAAAAAGACUUGCAAAUGUUCGAUGUCGAGUACGAUUUUGAUGCAGAGGACGAACCAGACGUCAUCCCACCGCCGCCACUGAAGUUGUCACGGAAUCAAAAAGCGUAUGUGGACGCCUGUCAACUCCUCCGCGUGGCCCCGUGUAAGAUGAUCCUCAAGACCAUAGACGGCGAGGCCAUUACAAUACGGAAUAGAGCCCUGGGGAGCCAUGGCCUGAAAGCCCUCUGCGUAGCCUUGGUGUCAAGGGUUGGGGGCUGGUAA